ACCAAAGUACAAAGUACAUCGCGAUACAAACACAAUAUCUGCGACGUCGUCUAAAAUCGGCCACGUUCGCAAAACUUUACAGACUGGCUGAAACCUGAGCGCCCUGCCGUAUCUAUAGAUCUGACAGCUUCAGAUAUCUGCCCGUCCUGCCGUAUAAACCUGUCCGUCGUGCCGUGUAGAUAAUCUGUCCGUCUGUCCGUCGUGCCGUGUAAAGCCGAGAGCUGCCGACAUGAAGGUCCUGCUGGGAAUCUGCGCCGCUCUGCUGCUGGUGACGGUGGAGGGGAUACUGCUGCCCAGGGAGUACUGUGAGUACACGGAGUGCGAGCCGCUGGACCGCGCAUGCGUGCCGUUACGUCACACCAACCCGUACGAGUGCUGCCCGGUUUGCGGCACCCAGGAUGACGUCACCGCCCGCACCCUGCAGGUUUCCCAGACCUGCCCCUGCGGAGGGAUCGAUAGGUGCGCCGAGGGUCUGCAGUGUGUCCGCUGUUUCCGCGCUGACAUGGAGGGAACCUGCCAGACGGAUGACAGGUCCAGCGGCGUUUACUACAGCAUCUACCAGCAGAUCCAGGGCUACUGGGGACAACUCACCGACUGGGCCUCCGCCACCUACAAUGACGUCAUCGCCAAGGCACCUGGUUGGUGGGAGUCAGCUUCGACCCGCGUCUCUGAUUGGCUGGACACCGCCUCCACUAAGGUCUCUGAUUGGUCAACCUCCGUCAGCGACUGGGUCAGCAGCUGGUGGUGACCUGACCGCAUCCACACGCAAAAAAGCCUGGACACAAACCUUCUUGUUUGUAAAUGAUUCAUUCAAAAUCCCAUGAAAAGUAAAAUAAUGUCGAAAUAAACUCGCGCAAACGUA